UUGAAACUAAAUUGAAAGCUGGGAAACCGUUCCCUACCCUGUGACGCUCAUUCGUGAGCUAGCUACAACACCCUCCUGUGUCGGGCAUGAGUAUGUGUACACUGGGCCGGUGGCUCACUGGCUUUGCAUGGUAGUUGCUUGUGACGGACUGACGAACAAUAUGGCGCCGGGAGUAGCACUUGCUUCUGGACCAGUUGUUGUCUAAAGACCGGCGAUCCGGCAGGAUGAACCUCUGCGCCCAGUAUUUACGGCAGGCAGAGGCCCUGAAGGCUGACAUGACAGAUUCUAAGCUUGGUGCUGCAGAAGUCUGGACUUCAAGGCAGGCACUUCAGGAUUUGUACCAGAAAAUGCUGGUGACUGACCUGGAGUAUGCUUUGGACAAGAAAGUGGAGCAAGAUCUCUGGAACCAUGCUUUUAAGAAUCAAAUAACGACACUACAGAGUCAAGCCAAAAACCGAGCAAACCCUAAUAGAAGUGAGGUCCAAGCCAAUCUGUCCCUGUUUCUCGAGGCAGCUAGUGGAUUCUACACACAAUUACUCCAGGAGCUGUGUACUGUGUUCAAUGUGGACCUGCCGUGCCGCGUGAAGUCAUCUCAGCUUGGAAUCAUCAGCAAUAAGCAGACCAACGCCAGCACCAUUGUAAAACCCCAACCUAGCUCUUGCUCUUAUAUCUGCCAGCAUUGUCUUGUCCACCUAGGAGACAUUGCACGAUAUCGCAACCAAACCAGCCAGGCAGAAUCCUACUACAGACAUGCAGCUCAGCUUGUCCCUUCAAAUGGUCAGCCGUACAAUCAGUUGGCCAUUCUUGCCUCUUCUAAGGGGGACCACCUUACAACCAUUUUCUACUACUGCAGGAGCAUCGCUGUCAAGUUCCCUUUCCCAGCAGCUUCCACCAACCUGCAGAAAGCUCUUGCUAAAGCUGUUGAAAGCCGUGAUGAGGUCAAAACAAAGUGGAGUGUGUCAGAUUUCAUCAAAGCCUUCAUCAAGUUCCACGGUCACGUUUACCUGAGCAAGAGUCUGGAGAAGCUGAACAACCUGAGGGAGAAGCUGGAAGAACAGUUUCAGAGGCUGAUUCUGCAGAAAGCCUUCAGUUCCCAGCAGCUGGUUCACAUCACGGUUAUCAACCUGUUUGAGCUACACCAUUUGAGGGACUUUAGCAAUGAAGUGGACGACCAGAGCUUCAGCUCUGAAGAGCAGAUCGGCUGGUUCCAACUUCUUGGCCUCUUCAUGUCGUUUCUUGGUGUCAUGUGUAGCCGAGCACUGCUGAACAAGAACCGGGGAGAGGAGAUUAUGGGAGAAUGUCCGCUGCCGGCCAUCAAGGUGUCCCUGGACUGGCUCAAGCUGCGACCCAUUGUUUUUCAGGACAGGGCUGUGGAUAAACGACAGUAUGUUUGGCCUUGGCUGGUGUCAAUUCUGAACAGUUUCCAACCGAAGGAAGAUGAUGUCUCCUGUGCAUCAUUGACUCCCCUUCCAGAGGAGUUUGAACUGCAGGGGUUUCUGGCUCUCCGGCCAGCACUACGGACCCUUGAUUUCACUAAAGGCCACCAGGGCAUCGCUGUGGACAAAGAUGGUCUGCCAGUGCGUGCCCGACACCAGAGACUUAUCAGCCUAGGGAAAUGGGUGGCAGACAACCAGCCGGCGCUCAUUCAGUACAAAGUCAGCGAUGGGCUGCUGCUCUUCCUCACCUUCAUUGAGGAGCUGGCCAUCGAGGAGCCACAGGAGAAAGAUGCCCCGGUGCUCCAGGAGUCCUCCAACGGGGAGCAAACGCCAAACGAGGGCAACGCCGGCCUAAAGUCGGUCCUUUCCGCCGGCAAGACCCAGACCGGCGUUUUGGAGAGCGGAGAGAGGCCGGUGGUUACCUUCAAGGAGAACAUCAAGCCCCGCGAGCAGAGCAGGGAGCCCAGCCGCAUCCACCACCAGAAGGAGGGCGCAAAGGAGCGGAGGGACUUUGGCAAAGGCAACGGCGUGCCGGGGAAAGGAGAGCAGAAGAGGGACGGCAAGAGGAAGAGCGAGGUGAAGAAGAACAGCCACGAGAAAACUGCUGACGCAGGGAAACAGGUGAAAGCCCAGCCGGAGAUUCGGAAGACACCGGUGUCCGAGGCCAGGAAGACUCCGGUCACUCCAACCCAGACAAGCUGCGCCUCCCAGUUCAUCCCCAUCCACCACCCUGGAGCCUUCCCUCCACUGCCCAGCCGACCAGGUUUCCCCCCUCCAGCCUAUGUCAUCCCCCCUCCUGUGGCGUUCUCCAUGAACCCCGGCUUCACCUUCUCCUCCAGCGUCUCUGGGCCGUUCCUGCAGCCGUCCUCCCAUCCCCAGCAGCCCGGUGGUCAGCAGCAGGUCCAGGCAGGAAAGCCGUCACACAUUCCGUACAGCCAGCAGAGGCCGUCGGGGCCUGGGUCCAUGAACCAGGGGCCCCCCCAGGGCCAACAGGGCCCUCCCCAGCAGCAGCCCAUGCAGCAGUCUGUACAGCUCCAGGUCCUGGCCCAGCAACAGCAGCAGUCGCCCACCAAGCCUCAGCAGCCAGUACAGCUGGGCAAGAGUCCGCCUCACCACCCAGGGAUGCCGCAGUACAUGCAGGGUGAUCAGGCUGGCCAGAUGUGGGGACAGCACCCGGUCCAGCAGCACCAGGGCCAGGCCGCCAUGCAGAAGAUGCAGGCCAUGCAGAUGCCUGUCAAGCAGCCCUACUACGGCAUGCCUGCGCAGGACCCCUUGAAGAUCUUCGAUCAGCAUACCAUGUCGACGUCUGGGCAGAUGGCACCGCAGCAGAACAGCCUGGAUAAGAAGAUGAAGUACCCGGAUGUGAAAAUGCAGGAUUUUUACUGGGAGCCUCCUUACCGCAUGGGGGAUAACCGACAGAUGAUGGGGGAGAGGAUGGGCAAGAGGCCACCCCCCGGGGCCUUCCACCAGGACCAGGAUCACGCACCCAGAGGACCUCCCUUUGAGGACAACAAGAGUUCCCCUCUUCUACCUCCAGACCUGUUAAAAAGUCUAGCAGAUUUUGAGGAUGAGGAAGAGCUGGUCUUUACUAAGCCUCAUGAUUUCUACCAGGCCUUGGCCGGCCCCCUUAGCACUGCUCCAGGACGAAACAUAUUUUUGCCAAACCAGUCAAGAAUGGAGAGUGGCCCUGAUGUGAUGGGCCAAUCGUCUUCUCUCAUGCCUUUAUCUGGAUUCCCAAUUCAGGAGAGCUCCUAUCAGAACAACAGCAUUUUCAGCCAGGCGUACGGGAAAAACAUGGCUCCCAACCCCAAGCCGGACGUUCCAAUGCUGCAGCAGGAACCUUCCCUGUACUCCCUGUUCGAAGGAACUCCAUGGUCCCCCUCCCUCCCUGCCAGCUCAGACCACUCUACACCAGCAAGCCAGUCCCCCCACUCUUCCAAUCCAAGCAGUUUACCUUCUUCUCCACCCACGCACAACCACGGCUCCAUCCCCUUCUCUAACUUCGGCCCCAUAGGAACGCCUGACAGCCGAGACAGGAGGAUGGUGGACCGCUGGAAGGUGGACAAGUCUGGGGCCGUGAGUGGGUUUGGUUUGGACUACCUGCCUUCUGCAUCGUCGUCCUCAGACCACCGAGGCCCUGAAAACAGCUGGCAACAGGGGAACGCCCCCAGCAGCUCCUGGGCAGCCCAGGAGUCACCCAUGGAAGACUCCUCCACUGUGCUCCUAGACAGUUUGAAGUCCAUCUGGUCCAGCUCCAUGAUGCAGCCGGGCCCGUCAGCACUCGAGCAGCUCCUCAUGCAGCAGAAGCAGAAACAGCAGCGCGGCCACGGCGCCAUGAACCCUCCACAUUGAAGGGCCUGCAGUCACAAGCACUUGUGUGAAGAAGUAAGAAGUGAACGAAAGCAAAAAUGACGACAAACGAGCUCCAACUCGGAAUUACCGGCAUAUGGAGGCUGGGGAAGGCUCAACACGACGACCCAACGGGCUCACAACACCCCUCGGCCGACGAGGAGGAACGGCGCAAGUCUACUCUCCCUCCCCCUCUCUCUGUGCCUCCCAUGGCAACGAGGGCGUGCAAGCACCUCCCAACACCACCCCGCCGCCGCUGAGCACGAAAGCUACUGCGGGGUCCAACUUGCAGGACUCUUUCAUUGAGGAAACUGAAGACCUCUGACAGCCAGUCACAACGUUCCCCUCCCGGGUCUCUCUGGAGAGCGUCAGAGUAGACCACCAUCCUUUAGUCCAUCUCACUUGGAUUCCGUGUGUCUGGUCUCAUAUCGGGGGGGAAAACCAAACAAAACUCCUCUUGAGCUGCUCUCAGUGUGGAUUUACUAUCACUGUCUUGAUUUACCUAUUGUAUGAGAGAGGAGCAAAAAAUGGCUGUUCAGGGUGUUUUGGGAAGGUGCGGUGGGCCUAAAAUGGCAGACGUGGCGGUGAAAAAAGAAGGACUGAUCUUUCUGAAUUCUUGACUAAAUUUUCUUUAUCUCGGCGGAAGAGGACGGCCAGGAGUGCGGCUCGAUGUAGCUGGGUAAUGAGCGAAGGAGUCAACCGCUGUAAUGCCACAGUUGGCUUAAAAGCGGGCAAAAAAAAAAGCGUGCCUAUCUUAACGUGCACAGAAGGGUUUGAAAAUGCAGAAGCAGAUGAUGCUAUUGAUGCGAUUUUCCAGUUUGCUGAUUGGACUGCAGAUUGUUGCUUUCUUUAAAUGUUUUAUAAGGAAGGUGGUGCAUCUUUAGGUCGGUCAAGGUUGAUGGUUUAACAACAGAAGAUUCAACAAAUGAGAAGGGGGAUCAGAAAAUAGAUGUAGGGAUAGUAUUAUUAGCUGCAAUAGAGAUUGCAAUUAUUAGAAAUACUGUAUUUUGUGAUUUGUUCGUAGCAGUUUUAGCUUCAUGAAGUAUUGGGUAACUAUGUCCAAUAGUUUACUGCUUAUGGGGGAAGUCUAUAUUUAUAUGUUCCUCUUUCCCCCGCUUCCUUCUCUUUCCUCUUCUUUCUUUAAGUAAACAAAAAAAAUGUAACUCUCGUUAAUGUUCUGCCUUUUAAUAGUUUUAAGCAGCUUUAUUGGCUCUUUGUGCCUGGUCAGUGUUUAUUUUUUAUUGUCGUUACUAUCAUGGUUGGCACUGUCACGUGGGGGGAAACAAGCAAACGGGUCCAGCAGAGCUGCUGGUUCAGCAAUAUGGGGCACAAGCCAAGCGAGACACGGACAGACCAUCAGACAGACCGUCAGACAUUCUGUGCUAGGGGCCGGGGGCAGAGGUCCGGCGUUGUCGUCCCAGACUCGCCUUUAUGGCUCGGAACGGGAGAGUUCUUUUGAUUUAUUGUAACUUCUUCACAACCACUACUAUAAUCACAACAGUUAUCGAAUAAAAGUAAUUGCUUUGUCCUCUAGGGUAGUGGUUAUCGUCAUAUAAAGACCUUGAGAGUUGCCUGCUUGGUUUGCUUGUCUAAAGUCAUAGCUCAGCUCUACAUACCCCUGUAUGUGUGCAAUUUUGUCAUUGUUUGGGUAUUAAGUUCCUGUCACUUGGGGUAUUCCAGUGUGAGUCUGUAAUCAGCUCAGUUCCACUGAUGUCAGGACUGAAACGCCCAUUUGCCCAAGCAAGAUAAUUAUUUUUCUCCCUAAUAAUGAAAUCCCUGAAGCACUGAGACAAUCAGCAGACCAAGAGACUCCUCAGGCCCAUGGUUAGAGGCAUGUCUCUAGAUUGUCAGUUGAGCCUAGGGGUCGCUGUUGGAUAGAGUUUAGAAAUAUAACGACUAUACGGUGGGUCCCUGUUUUUGGUUUAGGACGCAAACAGCAUUUUGUAUUUAAAAGGUACAUGAGGACUGAACAUCUUGUAUGAGGGAAAGCGUGUUUUUAUUUUCGUGUAGAGACAAUUUUAUUAAAGCCAACUUUAAAUGAUGUGUCUAUUUUCUGUGUGGUUGUGCUUUUCCUGUUGCAUAAAAAUUGUAUUUAAUAAGAAAGGAAAUAGAUUGGACUGAAUGUUGGGACAAAUUCAGCUAAAAGCUACUAAAAAUGCAAAAAAACUAAUUCAGCACAUCGAUGCCACAGGGGAACUGUGCUGUAAAUGUGGGCCUGGUUUUUCUCCUGUAUUUGCUCAUUGUAAAGGGUUCUGAUCUGAAAUGUGUGGUUCUAUGUUGUUGGAUCAUAGUGGUCUUCCUCAGUGAUGUUAAGCUGAUCUGGCUGUCUAGGUGGGCUGUUGAGUUAGGAGUAAAACAAGAAAGUUAAAAGAAGCGCUCUGCUCUGUGCAUCCUGCCAUUUACCGCAUUGUUAAUGUGGACUAUUCUCUUUCAGCCACAUCAAUAAUACUAAUAAAAAAAGGACUCAAAUGUCUUUCAGCAACAGCAAGGUGUGUGGAAGAGAACCCCGCACUUUGGGCGUUUGUAACAUUCCGUACUGCUGUAAGUCCUGUGGGACGUUAAAGGCAAUGAAAGAAAAGACAGCUAUUAACAGUUCCCUGCACAUCUGACCAACCAACAACAUAAAGCACUGUGUCCCUGUUUAAGUUCAGUAUCAUGGAGAGAAUCACUGAAACUGCAUGAUGAUUUUGAAUUCAGAAUGUUUAGAAUGCUUCACCUGUUAUGUGGAGUGAGGUUGAAAUCCUGUGACCUAUAAAGGGGAUUUUUUUUAGGGAGGGAGAGCUUCAUUCAGAAAUGGGCUUGUGUUCUAAGCUUUUUGUGUUUUGUCUUUCUGUAGACAUUCAGAAAUGUUGGAAUCAGCUAUGCCUUUAAUAAAGUAAACCAUGUUCUCCCUA